GCCAAUGUUCAUGUUAUUUUUAAUUUCUAACUUUAAUUAAGUGUAUUGUCGUUUGUUUUGUUAAGAUAGGUGGCGUUAUUCAAGGUCGUCUGACUGCUUUUGUAGUAAUCAGACGGUUGACAUCGUGUAGGACUUCAUCUUGUUUACCUUUGGCUCUAGCAGGAGAGCUAACGCUAACGGCGUUAGCCCACUCCCUCGCUAGCCUGCACAGUCCUAGCGUUAGCUUAAAAAGCUAACUCAAAUCUGUGGCGAAAUGGCGGCCAAUACGACACAAGCAACCCCAGCAACUAACUGGUCCUAUAGUACCGCUGGAGAUGGCCAGGUUCAUGAAAACCCAGAAUGGGAGAAGGCAAGACAAGCACUAGCAUCCAUUAGCAAGAGUCAGAGUUCUGCUAAAACUACACAAGCCAGCCGGACCACAGCAGAGGCCGGUCAGUUCCAGCCAGCAGUGACUGACUCUGCCGCGAUGCAGCAGCAACAGCAGCAGCAACAACAGCAACAACAGCAGCAGCAACAGCAACAGUACUAUCCGUGGUACCAGCAAACCCAGCAGCACUAUCCUGGAUACACAUACCCCUAUAACUAUUACUACCCCAUGGGUCCAUAUGGAGCUGCAUAUCCACCAAAUCAGUAUGGUGUACCCCCAGGGCCUUACCCAGGAACUCCACCCUCCAAUGGCCAGCCUCCUCCAGUGCCGGGCAUGGAAGACCAAUCCCCCAGCUACCCCUCUCAACCACAACCUCCUCCCCCCGCUACUCCCCAGCCACCCCAGAGCCCAACCACUUCAGAGAAACCCCCUCCUCCCCCACCCCCACCUAUUCCUCCCCCACCCAACUCCCAGUACCCCCCUCCUCCAUCACAAAAUGCUUACAGUGCCAACAACUCCAUGCCAUACCCACCUGGUGACCCCAACCAAAUGCAAGUCUACAAUCAUUCCCAGGGAAGGCCUAAUUAUGGCCAGGGCUUCCAGCCCCCACCCAACUCCCAGUACCCCCCUCCUCCAUCACAAAAUGCUUACAGUGCCAACAACUCCAUGCCAUACCCACCUGGUGACCCCAACCAAAUGCAAGUCUACAAUCAUUCCCAGGGAAGGCCUAAUUAUGGCCAGGGCUUCCAGGCCCAGAACACCUACCAGCCCUCUCAGAAUACCUCCCAGCAGCAGAGCCAGUAUGUACCAGGGUUAGGCAGAGGAGAGGCCAACAAAAACAAAAACCAAAAACAAGGACAACAACUUUGGCACCGCAUGAAACAGGCACCUGGUACAGCUUCUGUGAAGUUCAACAUUUCUAAGAGGCCCUAUCAGGUUCAGUGUUCUCCAGUUUCCAAUCAAGCUUUCCCUCCAGGUGAGCAGCCUUCAGGAUUGAAUCCAGCACCCUCUUCCCCAGCUACUGCCAGUGCUGCACCUGGAGGUGCUCAGACACGACCCCAGGACUGGCCCCAAGCCAUGAAGGAAUACGUGCAGCGCUGUUUUACAGCCUGUGAGACAGAGGAAGACAAAGAUCGCACAGAGAAAGUGCUGAAGGAAGUCCUGCAGGACCGGUUGAAAGAUGGCUCUGCUUAUACUAUUGACUGGACUCGUGAGCCACUGCCAGAAUUAAAGGUCAAGCAGUCUCGCUGGGAAGCUGUACCACCCCAGAGGACAUCAGAUAACUCAAUUAGCCGUGGUGGAAGUACUGUGGCUGCAGCUUCAAGAGGCAGGGGUGGUGGACACAGAUUGGGCCACUACAGGAAUAUAUUUUCUCAAAGGAGUCCAUCCUCUAGUUCAUCCCGUUCCUCCUCUCGCUCCCCAUCUCCCUCUCAUGGCAGACACAGGGACCGCAGCAAUCAAAGGCACAGGCGAAGUGAUUCUGGCUCACAGUCAGACAGCAGCAUCUCCAGUGACCUCCGACCUCAGCUGUCAAGGCGAAAUCAGAAAGGAGCACGUGGUCGUGGUAAUGACAGGGAUAGAGGACGAGGAGGUGGCGAGAGAGGACGAGGAAGAGGAGGAAAAGCAAACAGAGGAAGACGAAACAUGGAAGAGUCCAGUGUUGGAAAGAAGAGGAAAGGCGGGAGUGCUGGUCUGGAUUUCCAUGACCCCAACAGAGAAGCCAAGAAGCAGAGCAGAGCAGCUCGUUUCCACAAGCAGCUGCGUUCAGAGCCCCUGGUUCUCUCCAUCAAUGCCCUGGACCUGCCCGAUGGAACACAAGAGGGCCUGAGCUGGGAGGACUGCCCUAUUGUGGGAACAUGUCAGGACAUCACCAAGUCCUACCUUAGGCUCACCUGCGCCCCUGACCCCUCCACUGUGCGCCCUGUGCAUGUGCUAAGAAAAUCUCUACAGUCUGUGAAAGCCCACUGGAAAAACAACCAGGACUAUGCCUAUGCCUGCGAACAGAUGAAGUCCAUACGACAAGACCUCACGGUCCAAGGAGUUCGAACCGACUUCACAGUGGAAGUGUACGAGUGUCAUGCACGCAUUGCUCUCGAAAAGGGAGACCAUGAAGAGUUCAAUCAGUGCCAGACCCAGCUGAAGGCCCUGUAUAAGGACAACCCCUCAGAGAACAUUGGAGAGUUUACAGCAUAUAGGUUGCUGUAUUACAUCUUCACUAAAAACUCUGGAGAUCUGACCACUGAGUUGGUGUACUUGACCCCGGCCCUGCGGGCAGAUGAUUGUGUGGCUCAUGCUCUUGCACUCCGUGCUGCCUGGGCAUUAGGAAACUUUCGCCGUUUCUUUAAGCUCUACCUGGAAGCCCCACGCAUGGCUUCAUACCUCAUUGACAAGUUUGUAGAGAGGGAAAGAAAGAUUGCACUUCGGGCCAUAGUCAAAACGUUCAGGCCUGACUUGCCGGUGCAGUAUGUGCAGUCCACUCUGGGCUUCCCUUGUUUAGACUCCUGUAUGACAUUUCUUACUGGGCUAGGUGUCACUUUCACCCCAUCUGACCCCAAAAAGAUAGACUGCAAAACCAGCACAGCCGCUUUGGCUGCCUCCUGAGGGGGUGGGGGUACCACAGUAAAGGGAGACACUAAGGGACCCUCAUUGAUCCUUACAUAUUCAAUGCACUGCACUUCAGACACUUCAGCCAGUUCAGAAAGAGUAGUGGCAAACUAACACCUAUAUAAGACCCAUAGAGAAAGAUGCAUGUUAACAUACUCUGCUGCAAGACCUAGAUUUCAGAAUGAGAUGUAAUUAUCUGAUACUCAGAUAAGAACUGUUUUUAAACAUGAGGGAGAAUGUCUGCACACACUGUCACACAAUUAUUAUGAAUUAGUCUAAGGCCCAAGUUAUCUCAACAAAUAUGAUGCCAGAAAAGUGAGUGAACAGUUUAGAUUUGGGAUGAUCAUAUAGUCUCGGUGCUUAGAGGCCAAGAAGUCACAGAACCAGAUCAGGGAGGCACCCCCCCCCCAUGGUUCCUGUUCCUUUACCACCGUCAGAUGUCAAAGCUAACAGUGUUCUGUUAUGUUUUUUCCUUCCUCAAGUCAACAGCUCCAAGACCUGAAGAUUCAAGCCCUGUCAAUCAAAGGGGAAAGACAAACAGCUCUUCUUCAAGUCACAUAUCCAGCUCUCUGCUGUUUGAAGUCAAGCCUAUGGAAGCAGGUCAACUUUGCAUUUCCUCUUAAAGACUGUGAGACGAUGCGGUGAGAAGAUGCCAGCAGUUUGUCUGAAAGAAGAGAUGGUGGUUUGUAUGUCCUGCCCUGCAUCCCAUUUCCUCAAUGUAUCUACAGCUGGUUGUUCAUCCUGUCCCUUGUCCCCAACCAUAUGGCCCGUGAAAGCAAUGGACCUAAGUCGAAAGUCUUGUUCCUGAUUUAAUUAAGUAGUAUUCAUCUGUUGGUCUCAGUUAUGAAAUGGCUGGCCAACAUUGGAAAGAAGUCUCAAUCUCAUGACCAUUGACUUUGUGUAUGAUAAAGGAUACAGGCAAGUGUUCAUCAAGGUUAUCCUCACUCCUCCGUGUCCUGGAAGCUGAGCUCCGUCAUCAGAAUUAAAGCAGCCACAGACGGAGAGGAAAUCUCCAUCAUCCUCAGGUAGAAGUUCCCGCCAGCACCUAGAAUCCAGCACACCGUGGUCAACACAGCAAAAUGCAGUAGUGAUGACCUUAACUCCUUGAGCUGUUAUUCAAGAGAAUCGGGCAUCUGAGCUGGAAUCUACAAGUACAGCUGAAGGUUUUUCUGGGCGGAGCAUCGAGGGAAACAUGCUGCUUAUUCUCAAAUGAGUGGUUUGUAUGCUGCAAUCUGGCUCUGGUGUGUGCAAGGCUGGUAAGAGAAAGGGACUUCUCUGGAAGGAGGUGGAUGACGGCACAACAGACAUGUUGCCUCAUGUCUCUCCUGUGUUAAAUGUUUUAUGUCUUGCCUUUUAUGGACAGCAGUAUUGGCCUUUCUCCUGGAAAAAAAAAAGGAAAAAGAAUUAUGGAGCUGCAGUCAGUUUCAUGAAAAUUUACAGGUUGAUAUUGGACAAAUCAAGUAUCAUAAAUUUGACAAAAUGCUAAUAGGCAGAGUCAGUAAGAUCCUAGAAAUGUUACUGCACAGAUGUUCACUGCUGUUUGAACGUCAUGAUGAAGUAUUUAAAUCAAAACAGAUGAGUUUGAAACUGUAGACAGUAAUUUAAUAAAGAGGGAGAUACAAGUGGAGUGCAGCUUUGUGCUUUUAUGUCCAUUUUCCAGUAGAUAUGAAAUUAUUUUCUAAAAUAAAUACAGUAAUUGUAGUCUCUGAUAUACAGAAUAGUUUUUCUAUGUGGCAGUGGAAUUGUAGCAGACUUAGUCCUCUCUGAUGUGAUUUGGCCAUUUUCCUGCAGGUUUGUGCUUUUCAGGACCUACAAUAAUAUUGGUGGUGGUGCGCACUGUCUUAGGUGAUGAUUAGGAAAUUAACAAUUAGACAGCUUGUAAACGUUAGGAAAUUGAACCCUCACCAACAGGGUAAACAUAAACAUUUCAUAGACUUCUUGUUUUGCUUACUAUCGUAUCCUACAAUUUGGGUCCUCAUUGAAAGAUUGUGCUGAAACUUACAACGCAGAUCGACAUUGUUCCACAUAAUUUUGAGUUUUUUUUUUUUUUUAAUUUUAACAGUAUUAUUUGCCACUGUAGAAAUACUGAGCCUGAGGUAUUUACAACUUUGGUGUAACUGACCAGAGCGUGAGUGGAUGCAGGCUUGCUGUACAAUCUACAUGUUUACUUGUCUACAAAGUUUAUUUUUUGUAAAUACUGUAUAAUAUUGCUGUGAUUUCUUUUCAGUUGGUACAUAGGUUUUGUUUAUUUUCACACAUGGGUAAGUGUGAAUAGUUUUUUGUUUUUUUCUGGGUUUCACAAAACUCAGACCAUUUAUGUGAAUAUGUAAACUUACGUGCAGACAGAUCUGGAUUGGAUUGUGUGCAAUGUCUUCAUCGUCAUAACAGUUGAUAUAGUGUAGGAGUUUAUAAUUGCUGGUGGUAGGGUUUCCUGUUAACAUAAUUACAAACUCUCUGACCAAAUUUUGGCAAGAUGUUAUUCUCAAAUCCCACUGAUAUGAAACGUGGUUUUUUUCCUUCAGGCAAAAACAAAACAUGACCACAUUUUGUCAUUUGCCUGUUUUGCAGCAAAGAAAGAAAUUUCCAUCAAGUUGACAAAAAUGCUUGUUUAAACCUGGAUCAUCACUUUGUUUCUCAAACUGUUCAACUGUUAACCAUUAUUUCAGCAAAUAUUUUGUAAUGUCAAUGAUCUCAACAUGUUUUCUUUCUUCCCCCUUCAUCUACCUGAUCCCCUGUCCUCUUUGCUCUUCCCUCCCCUCACUCCCUAAACCUUUCUCUCACACACCACCAGACUUCUCAUUCUUCAGCUCGUAGCACUGCUGCAUUGCAGGAGCACAUGGAGCGAUGAUAAGUGGGCGAACCUCCUCCAGACGCCAGCCGGAGAGAGUGAAUUGUGAGCAAUCCAAGUCUUGGUUUGACCCACUCAAGUUGAAGCCAUACAGCUGAUAAAAUACAUGGGAGCCUCACAUAAUGAAAUGUGGAAAAUGUUGAUCUGCUGCUAAUGUGAUUUGCUGCUAACCCAAAUAUUUAAAAAUGUCUCUGUGCAACAUGAUACCUGUUUUAGUUUUAAACAAUGUUUGAGGAUUGAGAAACUUGCAGUGUGCUGUUCUUUUCUGUUUGUCCAGAUGUAUUUGCAUUUUUGAGUCAGUUUGCUGGUAAAAAUGUGUAAUUCUUUUGUUUGUUUUUUUCCACCCAAUUCGUUUGUACUUAGGAAUCAUUUGGCUAGUUUUUGGUCAAUAAGACAGACCUGCCUGACUCAGUUGUAUAUUUAAGCCUUCUUUUGAGAGUUUUAUUGCUCAUUAUCUAAAAUGUCUCUGGACAUACAGAAUGUGCUGAAAUUCACCUCCAUUUAAAA